AUGGCGCCCUCUCUGCCAACUUCGCGCGAAUCGUCCACGAGUCAACAAGCAGAUCCCAGCUCAAGCACCCUGAGCCAUCGUCCCAGUCCGGUGCGUCCAUCUACCUCACCAAGAUCAACAUCAAGUCCCAGAGGAGAUACCCCGAUUCCCGAUGAUGAACAUGGUGCGAACUUACCCAUGAACAUGACCGCGUCGGUCAUGCUCACUGGUCUGCCCCGCGAUGCCCACCAGGCCCUGGCCGACGUGGAGGCAAUCGAUGCUGGAAAAGUGACUGUUCGCUUCCAGCCUCUGCCGUCAGCACCGAUCCUCAAGAACCGGGUCUUCAAGAUCAGUGCAUCUCAAAAGUUUGAAACGGUGGUCAGAUUCCUUCGCAAGAAGCUGGACUGUAAAGAUACCGACUCGGUCUUUUGCUACGUGAACAGCGUCUUCGCGCCCGGACUUGAUGAAGGCGUGGGCGGACUGUGGCGAGUGAGUCCUUCUGAAAGCACGGUCAAUCUAAUGACGGGCGACUAUCUCGCCUAG